AUGGAUAUGCUUUACUAUCUUGGUGCAGGAAGACUUAAUGUCAAUGUCGAACAUCAAUUUGAAUGUUGUGCACCCUUCUUUGCCCAAGAAGUUGCCAGUAACAUCACUUCACCUUCCAUCGAGGUCAUCCUCGCCUCUUCUGACGCCGAAUUCCUCGACCAACUGAUCCCCGUCCUUAAAGAUGCCACGCACUCAAAUAGGACACCUCUGUUGACCCAGUGUCUAAGUCGAUACUAUGAAGACCGAGAAGCCGAGAUCGAACGAAUUGGUCUGACCCGCCACGAGGAGUUUCUUGAUUCCAUCAAUCAUUUGCAAACCGUCCGCGCGGAAACGGUCACUUUGACACAAGAGAUCUUGAGCUUGAACGAAUCGAUCGCUACUAGCACAAAGAAGUUGGCCACGCAAAAGGAGGCCCUGGUCAACACUUCGGCUGUGCGACAGAAUAUCGCCGAUGCCACCAGUGCCUUGAAUGACUCCCUCACCAUCCUCCGCGCCGUCAACAACGCACACGAUCUUGUCCGCCGCAAGAAAUACUAUGCCGCCCUCAAAUCGCUCGAUGACCUCCAAAAUGAACAUCUUGUCCCCAUUAUCCAGAAUCGCUAUUCUACGCAGCAUCGGCUGGCCGAUGUCAUACAAAAAUCGAUACCCGCGUCGCAAAAAGCCAUUUCGGAAGCUGUCAUGACGGACUUGAAUACAUGGUUGUUCCGCAUUCGAGAAACAUCCCAAUUCCUUGGUGAAGUCGCAUUCUACCAUACCGAAAUGAGGAGGACCCGACAGAAAAAGAGGGUGGAGGAUGAUCCCUUCUUAGCCAACUUCAAGCUGAACUCGGCCAUUGAGCUGGUCAGCGACGAAAAUGAGGAUUUCGAUGUGCUGAACAAUGAGGAACUACAGGUUGACUUCUAUCCUUUGCUCGAGGCACUUCAUAUUCAUGAAGCCUUGGGCCAACUCGACAAGUUUCGGUCAGAAUAUGGUGCUACACGACGUCAACAAAAAGACCUCCUGCUUCCCUCAUCGAUUGGGCUUUUGGCCGAAGAUGAACAGUCUUUGAGUAGCUUGUUGGAAGGAAUAGCAGGAUUCGCCAUCAUUGAGAAGGCGACGAUGCAACGGGUUCCGCAUCUGCGCUCAGCGAGUGAUGUGGAGGAGUUGUGGGAUUCCAUGUGUACGGCUGUGAUCAACUUGACCUCAAAAGGGCUGGGCGACAUCGAGGAUGCCGAGGCCCUGAUCAAGAUCAAGACGAUCAUAGCUCUCUUCAUCCAAACAAUGGAGGGCUGGGGAUAUUCAGUUACAACGUUGGAUAACUUCCUUCUCAAGUUAUUCGAUAAAUAUGCGGAGCUUUUGAAGAAACGAUUCAGCGAAGACUUCCAUGAGAUAGUAUCCACGGAUGACUACAUGCCGAUGGCCAUCAAUAACCCUGAAGAGUACGAAAAGGUGGUCAACGUCAGUUGGUUCUCUCAAGAAAAGCCGACAGACCAAAUCACAUAUCCUUGUGUACUCCCUUUCUCGCAGAUGUACCCUCUGUGCUGCAUAGAUAUCCGCAAUUUCCUUAACCAGUUCUACUUCUUCUCUGACGAUCACUUCCAACACCCUACUGUUAUCGAUGAAACGCUCAGAAAGUCCCUCGACGAGCUUCUUACAGAAAAGGUCUGCCAGAUCGUCCAAAUUCUCAUCAACCUCGAGCACUUUGAGAUCGCCUGUCGAGAGCUCGAACAACUACUUAUCCGCGCACGCUCCUCGACAUCAGCAGGCGGCCCAGUCACGCUCAAGGCCACCGACUCAUUCCGUGACAACAAGAAGACAGCUGAGAAGCGAAUCUUCGAGCUAGUCAACUCAAAGAUCGACGACCUAAUUGAUACAGCAGAAUACGAGUGGACCGCGUCAACGGUUGAGAAGGAACCCAGUAACUACAUGCAGACUUUGACGAGGUACUUGUCCAACAUUAUGAACUCGACUUUGCUUGGUCUGCCUCGCGAGAUUAAGGAGCUCAUCUACUUUGACGCACUGAGUCACACUGCUGAGAAGAUUCUGGCUCUCCCUCUUUCCAACGAUGUAAAGCACAUCAACCCCAACGGCGUAGCAGCCCUUGCACAGGAUGUAGACUAUCUUGUUCAGUUCGUCAGCAGUCUAGAGAAUGGACAAAUGCUCAGGGAGAACCUCGAUGAGUUGUCGCAGACAAUUUCCCUUCUGCAGACCGACAACCAGGACGAGUUCUUCGAUAUAUCUACGCGCAACAAGAAAUAUGGGCGUGUCAAUGCCCUCAACGGACCCAUGUUGCUAGAGAAGUAUGAUCAGCCCAUCUGUUGCCAGGUCUGGAACUGA